CAGGCGCGUGCCACUGCUCUCGCUCGUGGAGGUCAGCGCGCCAUUCCUGGACGAGAGGUUGCCAUGGUUUCCCGGGCCGCACGCGGGGGGGUGAUAAGGAGGGGGGUGUUGCUCAGUCAGCCAGCAGCGCGAGAUGCUCUCGUUUGCAGUGCGGUUUUCACACACGGGAACCGAGUCCUCCGGCGCGGAGCGCGCAGCGCGGGCAGAGACGGUCAGCAGGGGCGAUGGAAGGGGAGGUGUGAGGUAAACGUGAACCUGACGAGCACGCAGCUAAGGGUACAAACGGCUGGGCUCUGCUGGAGGGAACGUACUACCACGAGCCCGCAGAUACGUUGGCGGGACGGGCGGGAAUGAGCGUGCAGGUGCCCGCGGGGCUGCGCGAGCUGCUGCAGGCCUUCACCGUGGAGGCGCUGAGGCGGCAGCCCGCCGACGUGCUCGACUUCGCCCUGCAGUACUUCAGCGAGCUCAGGGAGGGCCGCGACGGGGCGCGAACGCCGCCAGGUGCCGAGCGCACGGCGACCGAACGCUCCGGAGCCGCGAAGGCGGUCAGCUUCGUGCGGGAGACCGUGUGCGCAGACUCGGAGAACGGCGGGCAGGGCGGCGACGACGUCGACGACGACGAGGAGGAGGAGGAGGACGACGACGAGGAGGAAUUCGUAGCUCCUGUUAUCAACAGAUUCAUACGACGUGCUUCAGUGUGCGCCGAAACCUUCAACCCCGACGAUGAAGAGGAGGAAGACAAAGAGCCCAGGAUCACUUAUCCCAAAACUGAUGAGCAGAGGCAGAGACUACAGGAAGCCUGCAGAGACAUCCUCCUCUUCAAGAACCUGGACCCAGAACAGAUGUCUCAAGUUCUGGAUGCCAUGUUUGAGAAGUUUGUAGAGGCUGGAGAGCACAUCAUAGACCAGGGUGAUGAUGGAGACAACUUCUAUGUGAUUGAAAGUGGAACAUUUGACAUCCUCGUGAAGAUCAAUGGUGUAGAACGUUCUCCGGGCUCAUAUGACAACCGUGGGUGUUUCGGGGAACUGGCACUGAUGUACAACACUCCGCGGGCAGCCACCAUUGUCGCUACCUCGGCCGGGGCCCUGUGGUGCCUGGAUCGGCUGACUUUCAGAAGGAUCAUUGUCAAGAACAAUGCCAAGAAGAGGAAAAUGUACGAGGCCUUCAUCGAGACUCUUCCUCUGCUCAAGUCCCUUGAGCCCUCGGAGAGGAUGAAGGUGGUGGAUGUUUUGUCCUCCAAAGUGUACCACGAUGGAGAACGCAUCAUUUCUCAGGGAGACAUGGCGGAUUGUUUCUACAUUGUGGAGUCUGGCCUGGUGAGAAUCACCAUGAAAAGGAGCAGGUCCAAGAAGGAGUUGGAGAACGGGGAGGUGGACAUUGCCCAGUGCUCGAGAGGACAGUACUUUGGGGAGCUGGCUUUGGUCACCAGUAAGCCCAGGGCAGCCUCAGCGUACGCUGUACACAAUGUGAAAUGCCUCGCAAUGGAUAUCCAGGCAUUUGAGAGGCUACUGGGCCCCUGCAUGGACAUCAUGAAGAGGAACAUUGCAAACUACGAGGAGCAGCUCCGCACCUUAUUCGGAAGUUGCGCUGGAAGUGAGGAUGAAAAUGCAUGAAAGCACAGCCAGAGGAAGGAGGCAGGUGAUGCUUUAGAAGAGAAUCCGGGAAGAAGGUGGUGAACAUUUGACAGUGACAGCCGCACAUUUCAGCAACUGCUUUUUUUUUCCUCCAAUUUUGUUUUUUUGAAGAUUGAAACUAGGGCCCGAUACUCUCUGGUUUUUACAAGGGAAUUCACUGCUGAAAAGAAUGAUAAUCGUGGUAAAUCACACAACCGUGUCAGUCUGUCAGUGCAGGUGGUUUCAAGUCAGCCUGUUUUGGCGCUGGUCUGCAAAUUUCUACGAUUUAAUACUAUUUUUGGUAAACCACUCCUUUUGAUAUAGUAUUACCACCAUCGCACUCAUAGGGAAUACUGGCUGUUAAGAAUCAAUGAAAAAAAGCUACAUAAUACUAUAAGGAUCCUACAUGUACAUUUGCUCAGUUAGCAAAUGCUUCUUGCCAAAGCAACGCACAAUCUCUGAGAACAAUACAAAAAGUGGUGUAGCUAAAGGUCUUACCUAAGGAAUAAGGUAGAGUGCAGUUUUCCCUUCCCUGGUCACUAUAUGUGUUCUCUGCCUUUCCCGCCUCUAACUCGUUCACUAUCAGUAACUGCUUAUGGUAAGGAAGGGUCAUGGUGAUCCGGAGCCUAUGCCAGAAGCACAGGCUAUGCAGGCGGGACUCGGGACGGAACGCCGGACCACCACAGCCUAUCUGAGUUGAAAGCAAAUGACAAUGACGCAUUUUUGCACCUGUAGCAAACACAAUAGCAGUCAUACAUGUCAAACUUUCCUCUGACACAAGAUGCUCGAACCUUGUUUCCCUAGCAACUGGGUACAAUGACACCAUUAUAUAUGUGAAUGUUCAAAACAAAAUUGUUCAAAUUACAAUACUGAGCCAGAACAGGUACAGGAAACACAAUAGUCCACAGUUUUCCUUUUUAUUCUUUCUUGGCUUUUAGGGCUACUUCAGCUACGUGUGUAUGCGCUACAUUAAUUUAAAAUUUGAUCUUAGAUAUACAGUUAGGUGUAGAUUUAAGGUGUGUAUACACUGUCAGUGACUUGUGUAAACUGACAAGUCUUAUUACAUUGCUAACAAUAAGUUGAAACUACUUGAAAAUAGGAAGUACAGUACAUUUUUUUUUCCCCACUGCCAUCCAUUUUAAUCAGUAUCUCUGUGCACACCUGUAUAAAUUUUUCAUAUCUUGACAUUCAGUUGCAAAUUAAAGUUGUAUUUCUAGUAAUUUUUACUGGGAU